AUGGAGACAUCCACGGACAAAGAUCCAGGUUCAGAAGGGAAGCGGAUGUCGAAAGCACCGACUUCACCAACUGGCCUGGAUGAGAAGAGGAUGUCCAAAGCACCAACUGGCUUGGAUCAGAAGAGGAUGUCCAAAGCACCAACGGGCCUGGAUGAAAAGAGGAUGUCAAAAGCGCCAUCUGCAAUGGAUGAAAAGCAUGUGUCCAAACAACCAUCAAGUAAGGCCGUCUUUCGCUGGGAGAAGGAGAUUGAAAAAAACUGGUGGAAGUUGGGCCUGGCACCUGAAGAGUUCACCAACAACCGUGAGGUGGUGAUGACUGCCAUCAAACAAGACGGCCUGGCACUUCGCCACGCCUCCAACGAGUUGAAGAACGACUGGCUCUUCGUGGCCUCGGCCGUGUGCCGCGACGGCGAAGCCUUGCAGUUCGCCUCCAACGAGCUGCGGAACGACGCCAAGAUGGCACGUUGGGCCAUGGGCAUUCGAGAUUGCCCAGCCGGGCAGAUCAACAUCGAGGAAUGGACAGGUCCCGACCUCACGGAGUACAAUGAGCUGGCCACGAAGCGGAUCCCGCAGCCCAACUGUUUGCGACAUGCCUCUGAACAACUGCGGGGUAAGGAUCAGGAAUUGAUGUUGCAUGCCAUCAAAGAGUAUUGGUUUGCAGCUGACCAUUUGGCACUGCCAUUGAGAGAUUCCAAGCCCUUCUGGAAGAAAGUCCUGGAGCAGAAUGAACAGACUGGCUGGCAGGCCUUCGGCAACUACGCCCCCGUGCUCUUGCGCGAAGACGAGGAGCUCAUGAGACUGGCACUGCAGAUGGACUCCUUCGCCCUGCACUAUGCGGGUCCUGCCCUGCGCCGGAGGCGCAGCUUCAUCCUGGAAGCCGUGCAGCGCGACUGGCGCACCUUGCGCUCGGCGCCCUUGGACUUUCGCUGCGACUCGCAGAUGCUGCUGGCAGCCGCGGUGCAGAACUUGGAAGCCCUGGAGUAUGCUGCUGGAGAUCUUGGAAACAUGGCCUUGUGUGCGGUGCAGCCACCAUCCAAACAGAUCAUGGAGGAGCAAAAAGAGGUUUGGACUGGGCUGCAAGAUGCUGAUGAGGUUGAAAGACUGGCGAAGCAGAAGCAAGAGCUGAAGAAGGAGUGGAAUCGUGUGAUGUUGUGCCUGGCAGAAACGCAUGGCCGCGCCCUCUCCUUCAUGCGUCCGACUGGCGUGGACAAGGACAUGACCACCACGGCCAUUCAGAGCAACGGUGUGGCGCUGGCCUAUGCGGAGGCUCAUUACCGUGAAGAUCGGGACAUGGUGAACGAAUCGGUGCGCGCCAACAUCGGCAGUUGUUCAGGCUUGGUGUGGAAGCCUGAUGCGAAGCCUCCUGAACUUCGCGACGAUCUUCAAGAUGACUUUGAAGAGAAGAAACAGAAACUCAAGAAGCGCGGGACAUUGAAACUCGUUUGCAUCAAGUUGUUCACCGGCGAUUGA